GGCACGUGGUCGGGGCCAUCAUGUUCAGCGCUUCGCUUCCGUACGCGGCCUUCUCCAAAUCCCUCGGGCUGUUGGUCGGAUAUGCGGUGGAUAAGGCAACCGUCAUACGUGUACGGGCUCGGGCGGUGGAGUAUUUGAAGCGAUUCCAGAAGGACACGCUCACGACUGCCUGUGCCCAAGAUCCAAACGGGCCGGCCUGCAAAGACAGUGGCCGAGGUGGUCACAUUGGGCACACGGUUAGAAGAGUCGCAACAUGCGAUCUCUUCAAAAAAAGUCGGCUUGCACACGAAGAGGAGAACGGUGGAGGGAUUGUCACAGGAGGUGCUAGUGCCGCAAUUCAGCUCGGAACUUUUGGCGCAGCAUGCCUGGCAAGCGGUGCGCACCGCAAAGGCAAGGAAGAAGACGGAACGGCAGAAGUGCUCCGCUCGGUCUAACUACAUCGGGAAGCAAAUUGAGAAGGAAAACAAGCUGACGAUGGCGCACAACCCCGAUGCAAUGAGCAGCGCCUACGGCGUAGCCAAGCAGCACCAGGCGCGGGAAGUUUUUGCGGAGGCCGCCUGGAAGUGGAAGCAUGUCCUUUCCGAUGCGGAGAAGGCGCAAUACGAGCCGGACCGGAAGCGCCUCAAGGUGGAGAGCAGUAUUGAAAAUGCUGCCCAAGCGGCAGCAUCGAGGAAGCAUGCGCCCGCGCGGACCGGAAGUAGCCCGACCAGGCCGGGAGGGACCCUCGUUCCGGAUGGGGAAGGCGGCUUUAAGUGGCAAAAGAAUCCAGCUGCGGCGGCAGCAUCAAGUAGUACUUCCGCCUUCCACCCUGCCGGCCACAGUAGCAGGCCCACCACGACGGGCACUACCGCUGCGGCAGGAUUGCAAAACCACACCAGUAGUAGCUCGCGGCCGCACCUCCCGAUCCCGCUCGAGAAAAUACAAGAAUACUGGAAAGAGGGGCGCGCGGACAUUGAGCGCGCGAGAACUCUGGCCUGCCAAGCCCCCUCUUCUUGGGUGGGAAGCAGCGUGCACCGGGCCUACGGCGAGCAUCAGUUUCCUGCAGCUUCCCAGGCGGAGGUUUACGCGCGGUGCGUAUUGGCCGCAGAGGACCGUCGUUUGAACUUUAAUUUUACCCGAUUCGAAAAAUCCCACCUCUUAGGCAGUAAGCAGCUGCUCCAAAAUGAAAGCAGCAUACUGGUGGGCUUGCAGUUGUAUGAUCUGAAGCUCUAGAAAUUAACGACCUCGCAGCGGUCUCCAGCAAUCAAGCACCUCCAGAAAGUAACUAGCAAAUGAGAGGCAGCGACGGUCUGCCUGUAUGCAAAAAGCACUAUGAAAGAAAACGAAUUUGGCGUAGCUAAAACCCGAACGCAGUGAACUUCCUUUUUCUGAAUCCUUUUGAAAAAUACAAAAGCAGUAGCACGCAAACAGCAGAGCGCCACGUCGUCGGGUUGUUCGGGUGUUGAGCCUUUCGGUAUAGAGUAAUGGCAGGGCAACUGCCAGGGGAGCGGC